AUGUCGGUGGCCUUCUCACAUGACUCUGCGCUCGUGGCAUCGGGCUCCGAGGACAUGACGAUUCGGGUGUGGUGCACAGCCACGGGCGAGGACAUCCAGACGCUUGAGGGCCAUGACGACUGGGUCAUGUCGGUGGCCUUCUCACACGACUCUGAACUCGUGGCAUCGGCCUCCCAUGACAGAACGAUUCGAGUUUGGCGCACGGCCACGGGCGAGUGCAUCCAGACGCUUCAGGGCCACGACCGCGGCACCAUGUCGGCGGUCUUCUCACACGACUCUGCGCUCGUAGCGUCGGGCUCUUAUGACAAAACCAUUCGGGUCUGGCAUAGGGCCACGGGCGAGUGCAUCCAGACGCUUGAGGGCCAUGAUAACUGGGUCACUUCGGUGGCCUUCUCACACGACUCUACGCUCGUGGCAUCGGGCUCCGAGGAUAUGACGAUUCGGGUUUGGCGCACGGCCGGGGUCGGGUGCAUCCAGACGCUUGACGGCCAUGACGACUGGGUCAGGUCGGUGGCCUUCUCACACGACUCUGCGCUCGUGGCAUCCGGCUCCGAUGACGGAACGACUCGAGUCUGGCGCACGGCCACGGGCGAGUGCAUCCAGAAGCUUGACGGCCAUGACGACUGGGUCAGGUCGGUGGCCUUCUCACACGACUCUACGCUUGUGGCAUCAGGCUCCGAUGACAGGACAAUUCGAGUGUGGCGCACGGCCACAGGCGAGUGCUCCCAGACACUUGACGGCCAUGACGACUGGGUCAGGUCGGUGGCCUUCUCACACGACUCUACGCUCGUGGCAUCGGGCUCCGAUGACAGGACAAUUCGAGUCUGGCGCACGGCCACGGGCGAGUGCAUCCAGGCGCUCGAGGGACAUGAGUACGGGGUCACGUCGGUGACCUUCUCACAUGACUCUGCGCUCAUAGCAUCAGGCUCCUAUGACAAGACGAUUCGGGUCUGGGGCACGGCCGGGGGCGAGCGCAUCCAGACGCUUGAGGAUCAUGACGAUGCGGUCACGUCGGUGGCCUUCUCACAUGACUCUACGCUCGUAGCGUCGGGCUCUUAUGACAAGACCAUUAGGGUCUGGCAUAGGGCCACGGGUGAGUGCACCCAGACAUUACACGUCAGCUUCACAACGUCUCGUAUAUCGCUUGGGGCGGGCGAUGUAACCCUGUUGACUGAUCGCGGUUCUUUUGCCAUACGGCCGAUCCCACAAUGGCCUUCUGCUGAGCCUCCGGCCGGCUGUGCACCCGCAGGCGACUACCCUCUAAGUAUCAGCGCGGAUAGUUGCUGGGUUUCUUGGAACGGAUUUCCCAUCCUUUGGCUACCGAAAGAUUAUCGACCUUCCGCUGCUGCGGUGUCCGGAUCGUUCACGGCGCUAGGCUGCGCAUCUGGUAGCGUCAUCAUCAUUGGAAUUUCCCACGAGGUCCUCCCAGAGGGUGUUCCGGUCGGGCGAUGGCAGUUGGCGGCUUAG